AUGCCCAAGCAAACAAUCGGCUUUGUCGGCCUCGGCGCCAUGGGCUACGGCAUGGCCACCCACCUCGUCAAAACAGGCUACAAAGUCCACGGCUAUGAUGUUUUCCCAGCAUCUGUUGAGCGGUUCGCUGCUGCGGGAGGGAUCCCUGCGUCGUCGCUGCGGGAGUCUGCUGAGGAUAAGCAGUUUUAUAUUUGUAUGGUUGCGAGUGCGCCGCAGGCGCAGGAGGUUUUGUUUGGGGAGAGCGGGAUUGUGCAGUACCUCCCCCAAAAUGCAACGCUGAUAAUCACCUCCACCGUGCCGGCGUACUACGUCCAAUCCGUCGCCAAUGAGCUCGUUUCCCGCAAUCGCAGCGAUAUCCUCCUCGUCGACUCCCCUGUCUCAGGCGGCACAUUCCGCGCAGCCGCCGGAACCCUCUCCCUAAUGUCCGGCGGCAGCGAAGAAGCCAUCUCCUCCGCACGUGAAAUCCUACAAGACCUCUCCGAUGAAAACAAACUGUACCUAGUCCCCGGCGGCGUCGGCGCGGGGAGUAACAUGAAGAUGCUGCACCAGGUUCUCGCAGCGAUCCAUAUCCUGGCCGCAAGCGAGGUUAUCGGGUUUGCGGCGCGUCUUGGGCUCAAUGCUAGACAGACCGAGGAGAGGAUUAGGAGUGGGAAGGGGUGGACGUGGAUGUUGGAGAAUCGGUUUGAGAGGAUGGUGGCUGAGGAUUGGAAUCCGGGGGCGAGUGCGUUGACGAUUAUUUUGAAGGAUGCUGGAAUCAUCACAACAUCCGCCAGACAAGCAAACUUCCCAACCCCCCUCUCCUCAACCGCAGAACAAAUCUACCUCGCCGCACUAUCCCAAGGCUACGCCUCCAAAGACGACUCGGCCAUGGUCCGCCAGUACUUCCCGACUCCCAUCGCGGACGUUGCCUCCCCCGCCGAUAUCGACACCGAAUCAGCCUUUCAGCUUGUCCUUGACCUCUCAUUAGGAAUCAACCUCGUCGCCGCCGCAGAAGCAAUCGGCUUCGCCCUCCACCUCCAAACCGACUUCCCACAGUUCUAUGAUCUAGUCAGCAACGCCGCCGGCGGGAGUCGCGUGUUUAACGAGCAUGCGAACGAGAUGAGAGAUGGACUGGGUGAGAAGGGGACGACGGGGGAGACACUGGACGAGGCUAUUGCUAGACUAGAGAAGGUUGUGCAGAAGGCGAGGGAUAUGCAUGUGCCGUUGCAUCUGGGGAAUGCAGCGUUGAGUGUGUUGUUAUUGGCGCGGAGGAGGGUGGAUGGGGGGGUUCCGAGCACGGGUGUUGUUCGGGUGUUUUCGUAG